UAUCUGGCCAUCCAGAAUCACGACAACACACGGACUUCUGCCCCAUUGAAGCGUCCCAUCGUUUUCGUGACUUUCUCAGCUAACCCAUGUAUGGGCCACCCCCUUAAGUAGACAUUAACUGACCAUUUUUUUCAAUGGUAAAUCUUCAUUUAUUGUCUUGUUUAUUUUUUAUUUAUUUUUAUUUAUUUUUUUUACAGCAGGUGGCAGUAGUGCGCUGUCUUUGAAUACUUGGAGAAGCCGUCGGCCCUGUCUUUUCUCCCAUCAUGCUUUGCUUUUUGACACUUCUUCAGAGGACACGGCAAGAGGUCAGCUUAUCAGACUUUUAGCGCAGAGGUAGGCCUUCUUAGCUAAUAUUGUUGUUCAGUUAACUAGGAUGCACGACAUUUUGAAUAAUCGACGUUUUCUCUGUCAUUAACAGUCAUACAUAGGUGAAUAAUAAGUGUAUGUGGCUGUUUGGCUAAGAGACAGCUAACGACUAACGUUAGCUAGCUACAGAUUGAUAAAAGCACAACUGUGCUACUAGGCUAACAAUAUCUAUGAGCUAGCUAACUAGUUUAUUGAGAAUGAGACAGCUAACUUUCUCGUCUUGCAGGCUAACUAAUUUAGUCAAAUUACUUAACUUUCCAUUUACCUCUAGUUAGAGAUGUCUAGUUAGCCUAGCUAGUUUAGCUAACUAUACACAAUAGUUAUCUGCCAAGUAGCUUGCUAGUAGUUUGACACUCACUCGAUGCAUUACAAUGCACUAGUACCCGGCGCCAGCUAGCUACGUUAGACGUAGACAAGCUAUAACUAACUUAGUUGUAUCCCUCCUUAGUGAAUAGUUUUGGGCAGGGGAUGAACGAGGGGUGAAUUCACUGAGGUUUGCAAGUGUUUUGAUUGAUUGUCGUGGUUUAUUUGUAUUGUUGAGAUGUGUCUAUCUGCAUUACUGUAGUACAUUUCUUGCUGUUUUAUUGAUUCAUUGAAUUAUCAUGUGAGUUGUUUGUUCUCAGAGCACCAUUGUGAAUGAGACCCUGGUCUAAAUUGGGCGUCCCUGAUUAACAACAAGUGAACAUUUUUUUUAUGUCUUGUGGAAAUUGGAAUGAGUGCAGUUAUUCCAGGCCAAGGGUAGGAGCUAGGUCAUGUCAUGUCUGAUUAAUCAGGCUGUGAUACACAAUGAAUUGGUGUAUAUACAUGUAAAUGAUCCUUACAAGCCAGGAUGCUGAAUAAAAUUACAUUUGGAACUUUACUGGUUGUCUGCGGUUUGUCCUGAAGAUUCUCUAAAUUUGAGUAUGUUCAAAUGUAACUUCAUUCUAGCUUGUAAGGAACAUUUACCCUAUUUUGUACACAAAUGUCUCAGUAUAUAAUUGACCAAUUGUGUAUUACAGCCUGAUUAAUCACACUUCGUCAUGUCAAGUGCGUCCAUGUUUAAGGAAGUAGAAUUGUGGACUACAAGCUGCUAGCCUGAUUCUAAUUGCAUGCGUUCCGAUGUCAUUUUAGGCAAGGUUGAUAGUGAUUGUGGAAAUUGAUUGAGAUUUGAGUUAUUCAAUGUUUUGAUUUGUAUGAUUGUUUUGCAGAUUGAAAUCAGUCAAAAUGUCUGACGUAAUUGAAGAGAAGAUCAAGAACUACAGAACGGCUCCUUUUGAUGCCCGAUUCCCCAACACCAACCAGACCCGAAACUGCUUCCAGAAUUAUCUGGGUAAUAACCACCACAUUCUCUACCUUUGAUUGCUAUUCAGAGCCAUACACAGAUAUGUUUUGGCUAAUAUGGUUCUGGUGCUGUUGUCCUUUCAAACAAUAGAUCUUAUUCACACUGGUUAAUCAAAUACUUUUAUACAUCUCACAGGCAUGUCAUACAUUCACAGGCGAAGUUAUUUUCUAUGCUAAACUUAUGUACGCUUAAAUAAGGGUUUUUGAAGAAUGAAUCAACUUCGGCUAGGGUUGGCAGUCAAAAAACAUGUGACAAGAGGUACUCUGUGGUCGAUUUGAACACGCUGUGAAUAAGGUCCAUAAACUCGAUGAUCAUCAAAACACCACGACAUGGCUAUCAUUACAUUCAGUCAAUAUGUCUUGUAGUUACAAUGAUAAUAGUCCCCAUGUUCUUUUGUCAGACCCACUGUGGGUGGUUGCCAUGUCACUUGCUGAAUUCAACUUGGGCUUUAACCAAAGCAGGUACAUCUAUAGGCAGGUUCAUGCCCAUCGGUGACAGUUGACUUGUUGACAUUUUCACUUGCUCCAAAGGCUUUUGCUGUGUUGAUACUGGUACUUAUGUGAAUGCUUAGCUAACUAACCCAAAUGCUGAAUGGGCACCUGCUGUUUUUUCUCCUAUUUGUGAUUCAUGUUUUGUUUUUAUUUGGGCCAUUUGUUAAUUCACAAAUUAAUUUACAGUUAUUGUGUAAUCUAGUACAAUGUGAACACCUUAAUUGUCAACUGAAAUGUACAACUGCCACUGACCAUAAUGAGAACUCAUCUAGUCAUAUUGCUGUUGACUACUGUUGUUGCCCUACUAAUUCGAAUACUUGAACUGUCCUUGAGUAUUUGGUGUAGAAUACUGGCACCUAAUGGGCUAAAUUAAUGAAAAUAUUAUCUUGGUCAGUUCAUAUGCAUUUACAUUAUUCAGCACAUAUCUACCUUCCUCCGUCCAGACUUCCACAGAUGUAACAAGGCUCUUACAGACAAAGGCCAGGACGUGGCACCCUGUGACUGGUACCAGAGAGUCUACAAGAGCCUGUGUCCCUUGAGCUGGGUAUGUGUCACUCGUUGACUGGUUCUCUCUGCACCAUACUGCCCUACAGUUAGCAUUGAACACUCUCUAAUGUAUAUGUACCCCUGAAGAGACCUCUAUUUAAAUCAGCGGUGCCAGCUAUCAGGUAUAAGAAACUUGCUCGUUAAUACAAGGUUAAAGGUGAUGUGGCUGGUUAUUAAUUUCAAGACAAACUCCCCCUCUUCCUUUCUCAGCUGUCAUCUUUUAUCUGUCAUUGUGCUGUCUGCCACAGGAUAUUUACUGAGUUUCUCUCUCUCUCCAAGGUGGCAAAAUGGGACGAUCAGAUUGAAGCUGGAAGUUUCCCCGGGAAAAUCUAAAUGGACACAUUCCAUGACUUCUUCCACUGAUCUCGCGUCCUUUCCGCCGACUUCCCUAAUGCACAUCUUAAUGUCUCUGUCAAGCAUUUGGAUGUUUCUGUAAAAAUGACUAAUAAAUAUUUUAAUGUUA